CCAGGACGCAGUUUCGCUCAGUCCCACGGGGGGAAUAAAGAGGACUUUUCUUAUCCGUUGGACAUCCUUUCUUCUGGAGCGACCCAUACCCGGUGGAAAGCACAGGAGGUGUAUUGUGGUAGGAGGCAGCGGUAAUCUGAACUGUGUUGGAGGGACUUGUGUUGCCUGCGCAAGCAAGCAAGGUGUGUGGCAGGUGUGAAGGACACGGAGUGCGGGAAGCCUUAUCUGCAGCUUGGCUGUCACUGUGGUCGUGCUGUACUGUACUCGCUCCGUGGCUUCCAGAUGGUCACCGUGGCCAGACCCGUCAAGCUGACCCACAAACUGUCCAGCAUGCUACAGACAGCAGUCAACCACCACAAGGAAAAAGGCAAUGGUGGUGAGAUCCAGUGGUGCUUUUCACAGGUCAAGGGAUCUAUAGAAGACGAAGUCGCUGAUGCCUCUCGUGUUCCAGCCGACAUUAUUUCUUGUGUGGAAUUCAACAGUACUGGUGAAUUACUGGCUACUGGUGAUAAAGGAGGGCGUGUAGUCAUAUUCCAGCGCGACCGAGCAAGCCGAAAUGCAGUGCCAAGUCGUGGGGAAUACAAUGUAUACAGCACCUUUCAGAGUCAUGAGCCAGAAUUUGACUACCUCAAGAGUCUAGAAAUCGAAGAGAAAAUAAACAAAAUUAGAUGGUUACGCCAGACCAAUCGCAAUCAUUUCCUCCUGUCAACUAAUGACAAAACUAUAAAGCUGUGGAAGGUUGCAGAGCGGGAUAAGAGACCAGAAGGCUAUAAUCUAAAAGAUGAAACUGGGUUAGUACGUGAUCCAGCCAAUAUUACACAGCUACGUGUGCCCAUUUUUCAGCCUAUGGAGUUAAUGGUGGAGGCAUCACCUAAACGUGUCUUCGCAAAUGCACACACUUACCACAUCAACUCGAUCUCUGUCAAUAGCGAUCAAGAAACUUACUUGUCAGCUGAUGACCUUCGUAUUAAUUUGUGGAAUCUGGAAAUAACAGAUCAGAGUUUCAACAUAGUGGACAUAAAGCCAGCCAACAUGGAAGAACUGACAGAAGUUAUUACUGCCGCAGAAUUUCAUCCUCAGCAGUGCAGCACUUUUGUCUACAGCAGCAGUAAAGGCACAAUUCGUCUUUGUGACAUGCGUGAUCAAGCCCUUUGUGACAAACAUGCCAAGUUGUUUGAAGAACCAGAGGACCCAACUAGCCGAAGUUUUUUCUCUGAGAUAAUAUCCAGCAUCUCGGAUGUGAAGUUCAGCCAUAAUGGGCGCUAUAUGAUGACACGUGACUACCUGUCUGUUAAAGUGUGGGACUUAACAAUGGAAAAAGAACCAGUAGAAACCUAUCAAGUACAUGAAUAUCUACGCUCCAAACUGUGCUCUUUGUAUGAAAAUGACUGCAUUUUCGACAAAUUUGAGUGCUCAUGGAGUGGUGAUGAUAGGCACAUCAUGACAGGGUCAUACAACAAUUUUUUCCGCAUGUUCGACAGGGAUACUAAAAGAGAUUCUACCCUGGAGGCAUGUAGAGAAAUAACUAAACCUCGCACUGUGCUCAAACCUAGAAAAGUGUGUCAAGGUGGCAAGCGCAAGAAAGACGAGAUCAGUGUAGAUUGUUUAGACUUUAACAAGAAGAUAUUGCACACAGGCUGGCAUCCUUUAGAAAAUAUUAUUGCAAUAGCAGCAACAAACAAUCUGUACAUAUUCUGUAGCAAGGAAUGACCAAGUGGAACCAUAGCCUCUGUUAUUUACAGUGUUCACUGGACUCCAUAAAUGUUUACCCACCCACCCAUCCCUAAUAAUACAUAAAAAGGAAGCAAUGGCAAGGAAAUGCAAACUACAAAACAGAAUGUUCACCGCUGGUGUGUUGUGGGAGACCACCAGAUGUAAGUGUGUUGCAUUGCAUGUCCAUUAACUGUGGUGUUGUCGCCUCAUGCCCAGUCUUCAUGUGCUUAUCCUCCAUCUUGAACAGAUGCGGUGUGCUGGUUGGCACAUCAUGUAAUCAAGGAGAGUAGGCAGGGAAAAAAAUUGCUAUCACAAAUUUGUGGCCAUAUGGGAAGAUGUCUACCUAGAAUACCUGCAUUAUUGGCCAUUUUUCUAGCAGAUCAGCUUAGGCAAUGAUGGUGCACUUGAGUGAGACGAGUCAUUUUUGUGGUGCAUUCCUCUUCCUUUGAAGCAAUCUUUGGAGGACAGUUCCCUGGUUGGUUGAACAGAAAAAGAUUUUUCCAGAGAUGCCAGAGUUUUCUUAUCAGAACUGGCUGGAUAGAUUUUUCAGUAUUGUUGAUAUAAAAUGUGUGUGUACAUUUAGCAGAACAAAAGCUACUUGUGAUAUAUAAAAACACAAAGGUGGCAAUCUUGGUGUAUUUCAUUGAAAAUGGGCGGACCAACGUCUGGCAAAACUCAUCUUCUGCAACCAUUUAUUUGUAAAAGUGUUAUAAAGCUUCUUUUGUCCACCUCAGUUCAUUGAUGGACACUGCUUGUUCCUCUUGUCCAUUCCCAUGCUGUAGUUUUUUUUUUCAUUUUAAGAUCGAUGGUUUUGCACUUUGUUAGCAACUGUGAAAGUUAAAAACCAUCGGUGCUCAUAUGUCCCCAGGUGUUUUACAGCCAGAAAUUGCUCUAUUGCAUGCAUUUGAAUUUUUUAAAGGCACCAUGUUGUCCAAUAAUUUAAAAAAAUUAAAAAGCAAUAAACCAAAAAGUGGUUGAAUAAUUAUGUUGCAAGAGUUUUUGACUGUGGUAGCUAUUGUGCAAGAUGUUAGCUAGUCAAAAAGUUAAUGCUCUUUUUAGAUUAAGGAAACAACAGGUUUUUCAGGGACUUGCCCUACCCAAAAAACAAAAAAAAAUUUGAUUGUACAAUGUCAGACUUUGGACAACAAAGUAAAUCAUUUUUAUCAUUUUUAAAUGAAUUUUACUUAAGGAAUUUUGGUGCCACCUUUCAUUGUAUUUAUGUUGAAUUUGAGGACACCCCCCCCCCCCCACUCUUCUAAAAGCUAAGAGGAGAGGGAGUGCUCCACCUCAGUGUGGUAACUCCUAAGGAAGCAUUUUAGAAAUUUGACUUUGUGACUUUGGUAGGGACUAAAUACCGAAAUUUCCAGGAAAAAAUUUGACAAGCACAUUUAUGAGUUAUGAUGUCGUACAUAACUUGGUAUAUCUAUGUGAAAAUGGAGAAACACAUUCUUGCCAAGAUUAAACUAGUUGCUUAUUUUUCUUGUGCACUUGUUGUCAUCAAAAGAGUGAUUAAAAUGGCUGACACAUCUAAUUUGACAAUGUAUCAGCAGUUUUUGUGAUCUACAAAUUUCGUUUCUUAAGACGUCAAAAGACUAGCAAAAUAAGUUGGUUUAAAUGUGCAUGAUUAAUGCAUGGGGGCCAUAAGUUGCACAUAAGGGACGACAGUGUGCCUAUCAACAUUUGUAGUCCCCUUUGCCAGCUGCCAUGAACAACCUAUAAAUGGAAAAUUUGUGCUUAGCAGGGUGAACAUAAUGGUUCACACUAUAAGGCCCAAGUUCAUCUCUCUACAAGGGUAAUAUUUUUUUUUUAAACAUGGAACUUGAAGCCUUUUCACUUAAACAUUAUUAGCAUGGUAUGGCAUGUGUCAUUCUCUUUAUGAAGUCAUGUAAGUGCUUGUGUACUACUAAUUCUUGCUGCUAAGCACAGAUCAAGUUUUAAAGGGUGCAAGCGUUAAUAAAUUUUCAUCCAAUUGUUUUCGUAAACUGUCACACUUGGCCAAUAAAAUAUCUUUGUAAUGAAAACA